AGAAAACGCGAAUCAUGUUGCGGAAGAAGGAAAGCCUGCACCUACUCCACAGCGAGAACCUGCGCCACAGCAUCUUCAUCCGCAGGGAACUACAAAAAGCGUCGUCAAAAGUUGUUCCUCCACGUCGACUCAGGAGCUCACGCGCGAAUCUUCCGGCACCUCUACCACCGCUGAGGACGAAACGGAGGCCCAAUUAAGACAACGAGAAGCCGAGGACAACGCUUACAUGCAACACAUCCAGAAAACCGGCUACCGGGCGCGGCUCUACUACUUCUGCCUCUACUUCUUCAUCGCGGUUCUGGCCAAGGCGCUGCACUCCACGUUUGGCGAUGAAAAUCAAAUAUCUCGUCCUCAUCUUGCCGGGGCAGGACUUGGAGGAGCACGCGCACGCGGUGCGACCGUUUCGAACCAGAUGUCUUCACGCGAGAUUUUUUUCCGACUGGCGGCCGCGAGCUUCACGCUGGGGGGCGACUUGCGGAACCGGCUGCAGAUCCAGAAAAAGGGCACCGCUGAUAUGGCUUGCUCAGGUGUUACAAUCUCAAAUUGGUUACCAUAGAAUUUGAAACUUGUGUUGCAUGAUGAGCAUGACAGACUCGCAGACCGUUCCACUUUCUGCAAUUAUACAAAUUUCGCCAGAUCGUAGUGCGGUUUGGGACUCCGGAACUUGUCAUGCGCAGUCCUAUGAGAGUUGGCUAGAUCAUGCAUUUCUUGCAUCACAGAUUUCCAGAGUCUAUGGUAACCGAUUUGAGAUUGUAACGUUUGAGCAGGUCAUAGCCGACCGGGAUAGCACCUCGUACUUUGGCACUGUGGUGUAUUUUAUCAACUGUAAAAGUGUCUGGGUCUGGAAGAAUCCAACUUGUCAUGCUGAUUUUGGAUUAUAAAAAAAUCUGUAUUGCAUGAGCAGCAAAGCGUCUAGGGCCCUUCCGUAGCGUCUAGGGCCCUUCCGCAGCAAAGCGUUCUAGGGACUAUGUAUGUAGCGUCUAGGGCCCUUCCGUACGGCCGUAUGUAUGUCCCGCAACGGGGUUCGCCUAUGUCGGUCAUUUGUAUGCGAGGCGAUGGGUUACCCGGUCGGCAGAGCCGAUCCACACGAACGAACGAAUGAGCAGCAAAGAGAGUCUAAGUUUUGCUACACGCAGAGAGCAUUUGUCAUGCGGUAUAGGCAUCAGGAAGCCCUCACAAAAUCUGUGAUGCUAGGGCACGCAUCACAGAUAUCAGGAGUCAUGCAAAAUGUGCAUGACAAAGCUGGCAAUCUUCCAGACCCAGACAUUUUUACAUUUGAUAUAUUUGACGAAGCACGGGAACGGGUUCAUGUUUUACCACUUUCUCUAUCAAAAUGAAAAAUCCCCCCACCCCAUACUCAAACUAGAAAUUUGUGAUGCAGAUUUGUGGUCACAAAUCAGCUUUGUCAUGUUAGAAGGGAAAAGAUGCGGACUGUAGUGCUGGUUGGCGUGGGAAAGCCUUGCAUAUGCAGCAUGACAGGGGGCAGCUGGAAGUGGGAAACAGCAUGACAAAUUGCCUGCAAACGAGGCCGCAGCUGCGUCUCUUGGCCUUCUAGCAUUACAAGCCGACUUGUGUACUCAAAUACGGCAUCACAAGUUUCGUUUUCGAUAUGGGGAGGGGGGAUUUUUCCUUUUGAUAUUCUCUUCACCGCGCUCUGCGGGAUCAUGGUGAUGGAGGAACAGGAUUCACCGGAAGUUGCUCUUGAGCAGCUGAACGCGAACGGAGACGAGGAGGGGAACUACAGCCUGUGGUCAUUAUACGAUUUUUGGACGGGAGGUGGCAUGAUCACGACAGCCGAAAGAACAAGAAGGGCUUCUACGCCUCACGCCUCUAAUUGGUUCUUUUUAUCAUCCUCCCCCGAAGUCGAAGAUCAUCCUACGACACCACUACUAGCACCCUCCAGUAUUUACCUCUUCCUGCGGGACGCCACAGCCCACGCGAGCACCAUGGUCUCCGUUCUGGGUU